UCACUUGUAUGACGAGGUGAUUAGUUUGACUAGUAUGACACAUGGUACCACGUUCAUUGUGUUGGGGGAUGUCGAGAGCUGGUGAUAGGUGUAAGGGACCAACAAUAAGUUUUAUCUUAUAACUCUCUUAGAGACAAGUUUAUUCAGUAUUACUGUGUGUGUAAAAUGACGUUUCAAACUAAUGAUGGUGUACCUGUGGGAAUUAGUCUCAUUUGGAAAGUUAGUGACAGUUGUUGUCCAAGGGCAUUUGUUAACAGAACAUUUUGGUACCGUGCAAGUGUGUUCAUUUUGACAUAUGCAGGAUACACUUGCUAUCACUUAUCACGUAAACCAAUCAGUGUGGUGAAGAAUGUGUUAAAUCAGAACUGUAGUGAUUAUAAUCCACCUCCUGAUUUAAUCAUCAAUGCCACAAAUAAAGACAAUUGGUGUGACUGGGCACCGUUUGGCGAUAAAAAUGCUGCUACACUAUUGGGAGCCUUAGAUUCAGCUUACUUGUUCUCAUAUGCAGCCUCUAUGUUCCUUAGUGGCUUUUUAGCAGAACGGACUAAUCUGCGAUACUUUCUUGCACUUGGUAUGAUUACGUCUGGACUUUUCACCUAUCUUUUUGGCAUAGCAAAGUCAUAUGGAAUUCACUACAUGUGGUACUUCACACUUAUACAGAUCUUGUCUGGUGUUGUUCAAUCAACUGGAUGGCCUGGAGUUGUUACAGUUAUUGGAAAUUGGUUUGGCAGAAGAAAAAGAGGUAUUAUAUUUGGUCUCUGGAACUCUCACACUUCAUUGGGAAACAUUCUUGGUUCUCUAAUAGCUGGUGAAUAUGUGGAAGGGGACUGGAGUCUUUCAUUCAUUGUGCCAGGUGUCCUGAUAGCUGGUAUGGGAUUUGUGAUAUUCCUUUUCCUGGUUGUCAGGCCAGUUGAUGUGGAUUGUCCUCUACCAGACCAGGUGUCUUCAGAGCGAUCUGUUUCUCAAGGGUACGAGAGGGUGUCCACAGAAGAACCUCAGGAUGGUUUUAUGAGCUAUGAAGCUGACAACACAGAGAGUGUAAUAGAUGAGGGAAAUGCAUACCAGUCUUGGAAGUAUGGAAACCAUCAUCAGCACAACCAUAGCACCCAGGAAUUGACACGACGAUUGCAAAGGGAAGACAGCCAAGUUACUAGCUGUCAUUCUCCAUCAGAGAAGCCUAUUGGAUUUAUAGGGGCUCUGCAAAUACCAGGUGUUGUGGAAUACUCGUUGAGUCUGUUUUUUGCAAAACUAGUGAGCUACACAUUUCUUUAUUGGCUUCCACUUUACAUCAAGUCAUCAACCACUCUGAGUCCUGCAGAGAGUGCACAGUUAUCAACAUUGUUUGAUGUUGGCGGGAUUGCAGGGGCUAUUGUAGCUGGUGGCAUCAGUGACUAUAGUGGCAUGAGUGCCACAACAUGUGCGGGCAUGCUGUCUCUGGCCAUACCCAUGAUGUUUGUAUAUGAGGACUGUGGUACUGGUGGUUAUGUGACGAAUGUUGUGCUGCUGAUUGUGGUGGGAUUUCUAGUGAAUGGUCCAUAUGCCCUCAUAACUACUGCUGUUUCUGCUGACCUUGGAACCCAUCAUUCUCUCGAGGACAAUGCUAAAGCUUUGGCAACAGUGUCAGCCAUUAUUGAUGGAACUGGAUCUAUAGGUGCUGCUGUUGGACCUCUGCUGGCUGGUGUUGUGUCCAUUGUGGGUUGGCAGUAUGUGUUCUACAUGCUGAUGACAGCAAAUGUCCUUGCUCUGCUGUUCCUCACCCGUUUGGUGAAACGUGAGAUCCACAUCUCAAGACUCCGGUGGUUGCUAUUAUUUUAAUCAUAGCUAAGAAGAAAAAGUAUUUUAAGUUUUAAGUACUGUCAUUUUACAUUACUAGUAUUUGAUUGAUUGCUAGUCCUGUAGUGCUCAAGUGUGUCAUUCCUGAACUCCCUUGCAGUGUUGCAUUUUAAUGUUAAGUGUUUCCAUUUAAGCAAGUGGGCAUAUGAAAUAUAUUUUAAUUUGAUCUA